AUGCCUAGAAAGAAGAAAGAAGAACAAAUGAAAUCAUGGGUAAAGCAUACCACAGGUCAGAACGCAAAAGAGUGCUAUACAUCUGUUACUUCAACGAAUACUCGUAUCCAAAUCAAAAAAACACAGGCUCAUGCGGUAAAACUCAAGAGAGCUUCCGGUACGAUGCCGGGCGGUUGGCCUGAAAACAAUCUUGAUAUGAUUGAUGGAGGUGGUGGAAAUCAGUUUCUGGAGGCACGGGAACUAGACAAUGAAUCUCUGGAGGCAGAGGUUGGUGAGCAGCUUGGAAAGGUCAAGGUAAAGGUAAAGGCAAAGAGAUAG